AAUUCAGUCGCCAUGCCCCCCAAGAAGGUUGAACCUGUCACGGACAAUGUCGUCGCUUUCGGCAGGGUUCGCAAGAACCUAAAGAUGGGAUGCGUUGGCCUUCCCAAUGUGGGAAAGUCGAGUCUAUUCAACCUCUUGACCGAGCAGAGCGCCGCUGCUGAGAACUACCCCUUUUGUACGAUUGAGCCCAAUGAGGCGAGAUGUGCUGUUCCCGACGCUCGAUAUGACUUUCUCUGUGACCUUUGGAAGCCCCCAUCCAUGUACCCCGCGUUUCUGCAGGUCACCGACAUUGCUGGUCUGAUCAAGGGCGCUUCCCAAGGAGAGGGACUUGGAAAUGCCUUUUUGUCUCAUAUCCAAGCUGUUGAUGGCAUGUUCCACGUUGUCAGAGCAUUCGAUAACGAUCAAGUUUUGCACGUCGAUGACUCCAUCGAUCCCGUCCGUGACUUGAAUACCAUCCAAAGCGAGCUUUGCAAGAAGGAUCUCGACAUUCUGGACAAGCAAAUCGUCGCUGAGGAACUGAUUGUUAAAAAGGCCGGCGGCAAAUACAAGAUGCUGCCUCUCUUCACAGAGACAACAACCAAGAUCCGAGCAAUGCUGGAGAAGGAUCAGCCAGUCAGAGACGGAACCUGGACACCGGCCGAGAUUGCCCUCAUCAACGAGAAGAUCCAGCUAAUCACCACCAAGCCCGUUAUCUACCUCGUCAACUUGACCAUGAAGGACUACCUCAGACAGAAGUGCAAGUACCUGCCGGCCAUUGCCAAGUGGGUCACCGAGCACGGAGGUGUUCCCCGAGACAUCAUCCCCUUCUCUAUCGAGUUUGAAGAGAAGCUCUACAGCAUGAAGGAUGACCCAGAUGCGCAGGCCAAGUUCCUGGAGGAGAGCAAGGUCAAGUCGAAGUUGGACAAGAUCAUCACUGAAGGUUUCACGAAGCUUGGUCUCCAAUACUACUUCACCGCUGGUGAGAAGGAGAUCAGAUGCUGGACUAUCCCAAGAGGGUGUCUGGCACCUCAAGCUGCUGGAGCUAUCCACAGCGACUUCGAGAGGGGUUUCAUCAAGGCUGAGGUGGUCGCCUACCAAGACUUCUACGAUCUCUGUGAAGGCGGCAAGUCCAUGGGCCCAAUCAAGGCCGCCGGAAAAUAUCGACAAGAAGGAAAGUCUUAUGUUGUCCAAGACGGAGACAUCAUCCACUUCCAAUUCAAUGUUUCAAACAAGAAAUAG